GGCAGUCGCAAGAUGGCGGCGAACGCGAACUCAGCCGGUGGCGGCGGGAGCCUCCCGCUCUUUGACUGUCCGAGCUGGGCAGGAAAACCUCCACAGGGGUUGCACCUGGAUGUAGUCAAAGGAGAUAAACUUAUUGAGAAAUUGAUAAUUGAUGAGAAGAAAUACUAUCUCUUUGGGAGAAACCCUGACCUGUGUGACUUCACCAUCGAUCACCAGUCCUGCUCCCGGGUCCAUGCUGCCUUGGUCUACCACAAACAUCUGAAAAGGGUUUUUCUUAUAGACCUCAACAGCACACAUGGCACGUUUUUGGGCCACAUUCGUUUGGAACCUCACAAGCCACAGCAGAUUCCCAUCGACUCGACGGUUUCGUUUGGCGCUUCUACACGGGCCUACACUCUGAGAGAAAAGCCUCAAACGCUGCCCUCCGCUGUGAAAGGAGAUGAGAAAAUGACCAGUGAGGACGAUGAGCUCAAGGGAUUGCUUGGCCUGCCUGAAGAGGAGACAGAGUUAGAUAAUCUGACAGAGUUUAACACCGCCCACAACAAGAGGAUCUCCACAUUAACCAUAGAAGAAGGGAACUUGGACAUCCAGAGACCGAAACGAAAACGGAAGAACUCGAGAGUAACAUUCAGCGAUGAUGAUGAGAUCAUCAAUCCAGAGGAUGUGGACCCUUCCGUUGGACGUUUCAGAAACAUGGUACAGACUGCAGUGGUCCCAGUGAAGAAAAAACGAAUGGACAGCUCAGGCUCCUUGAGCACAGAUGAGUCCGUAACGCGGCGCAUGCAGAACUUUCCCUACGGCGGAGGUUUGUAUGGUGGCCUGCCUCCAACUCACAAUGAGACGGGCGUCCAGUCCCACAGCAUCCACGGCACAGCGCUCAUCGGGGGCUUGCCGAUGCCCUACCCUAACCUUGCCCCUGACGUGGACUUGACUCCAGUGGCGCCUUCGACGGUGGCCAUGAACCCCGCUCCCAACCCUGCUGUCUUUAAUCCCGAAGUUGUGAAUGAGCCUAAGAAAAAGAAGUAUGCGAAAGAGGCAUGGCCAGGCAAGAAGCCCACCCCUUCUCUUUUGAUCUGAAGAGCAGAGCUUGGGUUUGUGUGUACCAGGGUGCGGGAUGAGUUAAGGGAGCAGCUAACCAAACUCUACAAGUGCUGCAGGCAUCUUCCAGGCCCAGGACCUAACUGUGCUGUAACCAAGUGGCAGGGCUGAGUUACCCUUCAAGAGCGACCUUCGAAACUGAUCUACAGAUGUCUAAAAAGAAGCAAAGGAGGCCUCAAAUAUAUCUCUCACUGCCUGUGGAACUUUCCCUGCCUCGUUUGCAGCCCCGUUCUCUUCUUUAGCCCAGCUGUUCUAGUUCCAUGGUUAUUUUACUCUGAGGUUAUUUGCGAGUGCGAGGGGUGCUCUAUCAGCUGAGGCACAGUUAAGAGCAUUCGUGAUUUGAUCCUGGAGCUACGGAAGCGAUAGAACUCUGAGUACCGAGGCUAAUUUUUGCCCACUACUCUCCGACUGUUCCUCUGGAGGAGCCAUAGAUCAGGCCAGAAUCUAAAGCAGGUCUGUGAUUGAAAUAGCUUCCUUUAAUUCAGAGAAAACAAAUUCCUUUAUAUCUCAGGAUCAGCAAAAUGCAUCGUAGUAUACCUUGUCGUUGCCAAGGUACGUGCAGCAACUGCUGAAAGAUACGAAGCAGGGUGAAGCAAUUAACAAAUAAGGAUGGAACAGAUUAACAGUGUCCUGGACUGAAAGCACCAAAAAGGGAAAAAAAGCAAAGGAGUUUCAUUUUUGAACAUACUUUUCAGAUGUAGUGAAUAUAAGAUCUUUAGGGAAACAGAGUACAUCCCUUUAGAAGCAAAAGAGGUCUCCCUGAAACAGCAGCCUUUGCUUUUCUGACAUAUUGACACUUUGGGGUGCAGGCAGAUGCUGUGGCUUGGUAAGAAAUUCCACUUUGCCUUGAUUUCCCACAGAAGAAUGACAGGCUGUUUUUUUGCUUGUCUCUGGUUGCUUUCCUGGGAGGAUGAUUUCUCAUCAUGCUCUCCUUUGCCACUGUGAAUGCAGAGGUAUUUGCAGCAGCUGUGGUGCCUUAGGAGUUAGUUCUCCAUGCUUUCGCCUCGCGACUAGCAUUCCCCCCUCCUCCUGGUCACCAGAGUUCUUUUUGCUAUUUUUU